AUGAAACUUAGUACUUACUAUAUGGAAAUAAAAAGGAAGCAUUUGAAGUUUAUGUCAAAAAAUGUGAAUUCAUCAUUUUUAGAAUAUAAUUUAAAAAGAUGGUAUUUCACAGAAGGAUAUAUAUAUUCUAAAUUAUUAGAUAAUGAAAAAGUUAAAAUAAAAAAGGAGUUACUUUCAUUUAAUACAAAUACAAAUUUCAAAGAAUUUAAAAUACCAGAAAUAAAUAAAAAUAAAUAUGAAAAUAUAAAUGAAAAAUUACAUUGUACAAUAAAUAACUUAGAAACUGAUGAAUUAAAAAAAAGAAAAAAAUUAAACGAAAAAAAAAAUAAUUAUUUAUUUAAUAACCAAAUUGUAAAUACAAAUGGGAUAACUUAUAUUGAAAAUAUAAAUAAUAUAAUUAAUAUAAACAACAUAUUUUACAAAAUGAAAAUAAAUAAAAAUUUACACACAAUAAAUAGUCAAAAAAAUAUGCAAUGCGAAACAAGAAAUAUAAAAGAAAAUGAAAAUAUAGAAAAUUUAUUAAAUCAAAUAAAAGAUGAAAAAAAAAAUAUAGAAAGUAUAAAUAUAGAUGAUAAUACAAUCAAUGUAUCAAAUAAUGGAGAAAAAAAAAACAUUAAAACACAUAUAAAAUUAAAAGAUGUGAAUAAUGCAAUUAAUGAUAUAAAAAAUGAAAAAAAUGUACAUACAGAAAAAGGAAAAUAUUCUUUUUAUGUUAACAAAAUAGCAUUACUAUUAAAUAAUUUAUUUGAAAAACAUUUAUUAUUAAUGAACUGUUUAAUAGCAGGUACAUUAUAUUUUAUUGCUGAUGUAACAUGUCAGCUCAUGGAAGCUCAUAAAAAGAAUAAAGAAUAUGACGUUUUAAGAACAUUUAGGAUGGCUUUUAUUGGUGUAUCAUUAGAAGGGCCAAUAAUGACAUGGUGGUAUGGAAAAAUUUUAGCAAAUUUUAUAAAAUCAAAACCAAAUAUAUUUAUAUAUAAAUCAUUGUUACCUACAUUAUUUGACAAUUUUAUUUUUGGUCCCAUUCAUUUAGCAAUAUUUUUUUUUUAUAAUGGUUUAUUAAAAAAUCAAAAAAAAUCAGAAAUUCUCGAUAAAAUUGUUAAUACAGGAUUAAAGGUAUUUUUAAUUUCAUUAAUGACCUGGACACCUUUAACUUUAAUUAAUUUUGUUUUUGUACCAAGAAUAUAUCAAGCUAGUGUUGUUUUUUUUGCUGACUUUUUUUGGGUUAUUUUCUUAUCUUGGUGUGCAAAUAAGAAAUAA